CAUCACCACAAUACAGCCAGGAGCUCCUAAAGAUGCGUGUACCUUUGAUCAGAUUGCAAUGCGGCGUGAACAGUUACGACUGGGGAAAGGUCGGCAAGGACUCUGCUGCCGCCAAGUUCCACGCCGCCACAGCUUCAGAGGACUUCGACAUUCAAGAAGACAAACCAUACGCUGAGCUAUGGAUGGGCACACAUCCCUCCCUUCCUUCGAAGGACCUUGAGACCCAGCGCUCGCUCCUCGAACUCGUGCAAGAGAAUCAAUCUCUCCUCUCCGCAGAUAUCGCCGAGCGCUACGAGAACAAGCUACCCUUCCUCUUCAAGGUCCUGUCUAUUGGCAAGGCGUUGAGCAUCCAGGCACACCCAAACAAGAAGCUUGCAGAGCAAUUACACAAGAGAGACUCGAAAAACUACCCAGAUGACAACCACAAGCCCGAGAUGACCAUCGCUGUCACACCCUUUGACGGACUGUGCGGCUUCCGACCCCUCGGUGAGAUCGCGCAUUUCUUCCAGAAUAUCCCGUCGCUGCGAAAGCUAGUCGGCGAAGAGGAGGCCAAGAACUUUGAGAACACAGUCAAGGGCAAGGAGACAUCUGACAAAGAGGAGGAUGUCAAGGCCAACAAGAAGGCUCUCCAGUCGGCGUUUACUAAGGUCAUGAACACGGACAAGGACGCUCUCGCCUCUGCAGCCAAGGAGCUCAUCUCCGCCGCCAAAUCUGAGGGUUCAUCCUUCGCCGGCAAUGGCGGUCCCUCCAACGAUGGUCAAGAGCUUGCCGACCUUGUUGUCCGCCUCGAUUCGCAGUUCCCUGGCGAUAUUGGGCUGUUCGUCCAAUUCUUCCUGAAUUAUGUCAAGCUCGAAGUCGGUGAAGCUAUGUUCCUCAAGGCAGACGACAUCCACGCCUACCUUUCCGGAGAUAUCAUCGAGUGCAUGGCCUCAUCCGACAAUGUUGUUCGUGCUGGCUUCACGCCCAAGUUCAAGGACGUCGAGACCCUUACCACGAUGCUGACGUACUCGUACGCGCCGAUCAGCGAACAGAAGAUGAACCCUACAGACUACGCCUACGCGAAGCUGAACACCACUGCGUACUCGUCGAACUCAUCGAAUACCCUCUAUGAUCCUCCGAUACCUGAGUUUGCAGUCGUCAGGACGGCGCUGAACAAGAGUGGCGCAAAGAGCACGUUUGAUCCCAUUGAUGGCCCAAGUAUCGUGCUGUGCACUAAAGGCAAUGGUACUAUCAGUGUAGGCCCCAAGAAGGAGGAACUGAAGGAGGGCUAUGUUUACUUCGUUGGCGCAACCGCGGAGGUAGUCAUCGAGAGUGAAACCGACGCUGGGGACGAGGAGGGCUUGGUCACGUUCAAAGCCUUCUGCCAGCUCGAUGAGGAUGCAAAGCAAAAGCUAUAG